ACUGGCAUUUGUACUAAUAUAUUUAAUCAAAACACAGGACUAGACAGUAAUUACCCAUAUAAUUUUUGCAAAGGCAAAGAGAGUGUUUCGCAAAUUCUAUUAGAAGGAAAGAAAGAAAGCACAAGAACUGACGCGACUACUCAGCACAGGGAGCUGUAAUAAGCAAAAUAACAAACUCCUCGCCGGACAUGGAGACGCCGCUGCUGAACGGUAAUCUCAGCUCCGCCGAAGACGGAGACUACAGGCCAGCGAGGGGAUUCAAGGAGAUAAGGAGUGUAUUUUGGAUAGAGACGGUGAAGUUGUGGAAGAUUGCCGGUCCAAUUGUGUUUAAUAUGAUGUGUCAAUUUGGUAUAAACACCGUCACCACCAUAUUUGUCGGUCAUAUUGGAGCCCUGGAGCUUUCUGCUGUUUCCAUUUCUCUAGCUGUUAUUGGCACCUUAGCUUUUGGCUUCAUGCUUGGAAUGGGGAGUGCACUGGAAACGCUAUGUGGUCAAGCAUUUGGUGCAGGGCAAGUAAAGAUGCUGGGUGUUUACAUGCAGCGAUCAUGGGUUAUUUUAACAGUCUCUGCUAUUGUCAUGUUGCCAAUUUACAUAUUUGCAACUCCAAUAUUGAAGGUCCUCGGAGAAGAAGAUAGUCUAGCAGAAGCUGCUGGAAAAUUCACUCUAUACACAAUCCCACAAUUGUUUUCACUUGCCAUUUAUUUCCCUGCCCAAAAGUUCCUUCAAGCCCAAAGCAAAGUUUAUGUGCUCGCCUGGUCUUCGCUUGCGGCUCUAAUUUUGCACGUUAUUAUACUUUGGGCUUUCAUAUAUGGACUUGGGUGGGGUAUGAUUGGUGCAGCCAUAGCAUAUGACUUCAGCAGCUGGGCAAUGACUUUGGCUCUUCUUUUUUAUGUUUUUCGUUAUUGUAAGGAAGGUUGGCAUGGAUUCUCUUGGUCUGCCUUUAAGGAGAUCUGGGCUUUUGUUAGGCUCUCACUUGCCUCUGCUGUUAUGCUUUGCCUUGAGAUUUGGUAUAUGAUGAGUAUUCUUAUUCUUACUGGCCAUCUCGACAAUGCUGUUAUUGCUGUUGCUGCCCUUUCCAUAUGUUUAAAUAUUAAUGGGAUUCAAGCCAUGUUGUUCAUUGGAAUAAAUGCAGCUAUAAGUGUUCGUGUCUCGAAUGAGCUCGGAUCAGGACGUCCAAGAGCUGCAAAAUAUUCAGUAUAUGUCACUGUAUUUCAAUGUUUCAUAGUUGGGCUCCUUUGCAUGGUUAUCGUAGUGAUAACUAAGGAGAACUUUGCAGUCAUUUAUACCAGCUCAAAAGAACUGCAAGUAGCGGUCUCUAAAUUAGCAUUUCUACUUGGUGUCACCAUGGUUCUUAACAGUGUUCAACCUGUAAUAGGAGGCGUUGCAAUUGGGAGUGGAUGGCAAGCUUUAGUAGCCUACAUAAACAUCGGUUGCUAUUACGUUUUUGGGCUUCCACUGGGUUUCCUGCUUGGUUACAAAGCUGACAUGGGAGUAGAGGGAAUAUGGGCGGGAAUGAUAUGCGGAACUGCUCUGCAGACAAUCCUGCUAUUGAUCGUACUUUACAGGACAAACUGGAACAAAGAGGUGCAACAAACAUCUGAGCGUGUAAGGAGGUGGGGUGGCCAAGAGGAUAAUGAUGAGAAUGGUAUCAUUUGAAAAGCUGCUAAAAAUUUAUCUAUGUUGGUUAGAAUUUGAGGGUGAAACCUUGUAACCAUUAUGUAUCACUUGCUGCUAGUUGUCUUUGAUUUUGCCUCAAGGAAUGUAGCUCUUUCAGACCAAUAGCAAAUUUUGAGUUUGAUAAGAGAUUUUUUUUUUUUUCCCCUUUAGUUCUUUAUUCUCAAUGUCCUUAUUUUGAGUGCAAUUAAGUUUCAGCAACUGUGCUUUUAUGGUGUCUUUUUAA